AUGGCGGGCGACGUCCCCAGUCUCGGCUCUCUCGACAAGCCUGAGAAUCUCAACGAUCUGCUGCGCGCCGACCGUGGCGAUGAUUGCACGUCGUGCCGUGUCAUCGGCGGCGGCGCUUUCCUUGGCCUAGCUGGCUACAACUACUUGACCGGCAUGUCGCACCUCGAGAAGCAGCGAGCGGCUCUGCUGCAGCGCAAAACCAUGUUCGGCAUGCGGAGUCGCAAGCUCGGUGUGACGGGCAUCUCCCUGGGACUCGCCUACUUGGGCAUCUGGAGGCUGUUCAAGUAG